GCGGGCCGCGGUCCGGCACGUUUCCCGGGAAGUUGCUUCCGCGCCGCCGUCCUGUCCUGCGGCGUUAAAAGCGUGGGAAGCGUGAGUUGGGCCUGGACCUGCCUGGGAGCAGCAAAUGGAUUUCUCAUGGAAGUGUGUGUGGAUUCAGUGGAGUCAGCUGUGAAUGCAGAAAGAGGAGGAGCUGGUCGGAUUGAAUUAUGUUCUGGUUUAUUGGAAGGAGGAACCACACCCAGCAUGGGUGUUCUUCAAGUAGUGAAACAGAGUGUCCAGAUCCCAGUUUUUGUGAUGAUUCGGCCACGUGGAGGUGAUUUUUUAUAUUCAGAUCGUGAAAUUGAGGUGAUGAAGGCUGACAUUCAGCUUGCCAAGCUUUAUGGCGCAGAUGGUUUGGUAUUUGGGGCACUGACUGAAGAUGGACAUAUUGACAGAGAGCUGUGCAUGUCUCUUGUGGCCCUUUGCCGUCCUCUGCCAGUCACUUUCCAUCGAGCUUUUGACAUGGUUCAUGAUCCAGUGGCAGCUCUAGAAACCCUCUUAACCUUGGGAUUUGAACGAGUAUUGACUAGUGGAUGUGACAGUUCAGCAUUAGAAGGACUACCUCUAAUAAAGCGACUCAUAGAUCAGGCAAAAGGCAGGAUUGUGGUAAUGCCAGGAGGUGGCAUAACAGACAGAAAUUUACAAAGGAUCCUCGAGGGUUCAGGUGCUACAGAAUUCCACUGUUCUGCUCGAUCUUCUAGAGAGUCCGGAAUGAAGUUUCGAAAUUUCUCUGUUGCCAUGGGAGCCUCACUUUCUACCUCAGAAUAUUCUCUAAAGGUAACAGAUGUGAUCAAAGUAAGGACUUUGAAUGCAAUUGCAAAGAACAUUCUGGUAUAGCCAGAUCUCUCCAAGACACAUGGAUAAUAUCACAGUAUGAAGGUAGAUGUAUAUUCUGUAAUUCUGUAUCCCACAGCUUUUAAUCUCAUUGACUGGGACACAAUCUUUAAGUUUCUUAGGGCAAUGGAGUAUGUUUUCAAGAAGAAGAAGAAAUUGAAAAAGAUAUUGCAUCUUUUGCUAAAUUUUGCCAGCCAUUACUAUUAUCAUGAUUAAAUUUGGUCUGCACUUCUUCCACAGAAAGACUUAGAUUUCAGUGGAACUAAUAAAUGCCCUGGACAAUUCAGCUGUAACAUAUGAAUUCAGAGUAUCUCUUGUCAGUUCAGUAGCAGUAUUUUACCUUUUCAUUUGUAAAAUAAAAAUUUCCAUUCUGUUAUGGUAUAGUCUUCCUUGCUCUGAAUAUAAUUUGUAGCCAAGUAUGAAAGGGAAGGUUGUGUUUUGUUUUGCUUUAAUCCAUUUUUUCUUGUUAUUAUGUAUUCAUUGGACAUGUUGUUCCCUUGGGCAAGAUGCUGAGGUUUUAGAAUGAAAUGGUACAGCUUAAAAAUCCCCAGACUUGGAAUGCAAGGUAAAAAAAGUCUGUAGAUUCAAUACCAUAUUCAUAUGCACAUAUAAUCAUAUUUAAUAUUUUGGUCCCCCUCCCUUGAUUUCACUCUGUGAUCUUCCAGACAAAAGCUGGCCUUGUCUUCUCUAUCUUCUUUAAACAGAUUAGCAAAGGCACUGAGAAGCUGAUAUGAAUUGCAUGAGGUUUUACAACAAAUUUAUGUUGUUUAUUAGCCUUGAACACUAACCUUCCAAAGCUUCUGCUGUAAGAUACAUUUUCUGAUAUGUAGAACUGGUAUAAAGAGCACUCUUUAUAUGUCAGACGUAGCUGAGAUCAUAUCUUGGCUUGUAGCUUAAACAGGAGAAAGACGACUUUAUUUCUUGAAAUUUAAUUUCUUCAUUUUAAAAUCAGGAAUAGUAACUAUAGUUUCUGAUUAAAUGAUAUAGUAAAGCACCAGGUACAUAAGAAACAUUCGCCAAUGUUAGUUCUUUUCUCAUAGGUUAGUUUUCUAGUAUAUCAGACUUUGAUAGUCUGAAAACUCUUCCCAGCAAGCCAGGCAUUGAGUACUGAAGCCCACACUUAAACUGUGUUUCUUCUACCUUGUUCCCUACCUUGAUGUUUUUACGUUUCAGCUCUAUUUAAAAAUAUUUACUGAUAAUUUCAUGUGCAUAUGUUUUUCCUCAGCAGUGUUUAGCAUUUCAAGGAUAGGGAAACAUGAGUUCUUACUUUUGUGUGUGUUCCAUCACAUCUACCAUAUUGUAUCUGCAACAGUAUCGAUUACUUUGUGUACUGGAAGAAGAGCACUGAAUUGGAAGUCAGCACCUAGAUACUGCUCCUUCCUAUCGUGACUUUGACAACUGUGCUAUAUGUCUUCUUGUCCUUGUAGAUUUACUACCUUUGAUCUGCUUUGUGUGCUGGGAGGCCAAUCUGUAAGAACUACAUCAGUUGCUCCCUUGCCCCUCAUCUUCUGGUUGUGCUUGGGUGCCAGCAAGAGUUGGGAAGGUGGGAUGAGUUAAGGAGUACCUUCCCUGCCAUACUAUUGUAAGUUAGCUUUAUCUUCCCAGUUGUCCCUCUUUGUACCCUUUUUGGAUUCUGAUAGCUAGUCGCUCCCCCUUACCACUUAAAGCUUAUGAGUGGUAAUAACUCCAGGCUGGUCUAGCUAGCACACUUAACUGUUUAUUCCUUGUUAGUUUUCUUUUUUCUUCUUUUUUUGGGGGUGGUGUUUUGAGACAGGGUCUCAC